AUGAUUCGCAGAUUUUUUUUUCCCCCAUCAUGUUAUCUUCAUUCGAUUUCUUCUUUACUUCGUUUGAGUUUUAUCAUCCCUUUCGUCCUUCCUCGUCGAUGUCUCCUUCGUCUUCUCCUUUUGCUCCUUUUUCGUCUUCGUCGUUUUCUUUUCCUUCGUCUUUUCUUUCUUCGUCGUCUCCAUCUCCUUCUUCAUCAACUUAUUCUUCUUCUCCUACUCCUUCGUCGUUUCUCCUUCUCCUCCUCCUUUGUCGUCUUCUCCUCCUUCUCCGUCUCCUCCUCCUCCAUUGUCGUCGUCUUCUCCUCCUUUGUCGUCGUCUUCUCCUUCUCCUCCUUUGUCGUCGUCUUCUCCUUCUCCUCCUUUGUCGUCGUCUUCUCCUCCUCCUCGUUUGUCGUCGUCUUCUCCUCCUCCUCCUCGUUUGUCGUCGUCUUCUCCUCCUCCUCCUCGUUUGUCGUCGUCUUCUCCUCCUCCCGUCCGUCGUUUGUCGUUUCGUCGUCUCCUCCUCCUCCUCGUUUGUCGUCGUCUUCUCCUCCUCCUCCUCGUUUGUCGUCGUCUUCUCCUCCUCCUCCUCGUUUGUCGUCGUCUUCUCCUCCUCCUCCUCGUCGUUUGUCGUCGUCUUCUCCUCCUCCUCCUCGUUUUGUCGUCGUCUUCUCCUCCUCCUCCUCGUCGUUUGUCGUCGUCUUCUCCUCCUCCUCCUCGUCGUUUGUCGUCGUCUUCCUCCUCCUCCUCGUCGUUUGUCGUCGUCUCCCUCCUCCUCCUCGUCGUUUGUCGUCUCCUCCUCGUCGUUUGUCGUCUUCUCCUCCUCCUCCUCGUCGUUUGUCGUCGUCUUCUCCUCCUCCUCGUCGUUUGUUGUCGUCGUCUCCUCCUCCUCCUCGUCGUUUGUCGUCGUCUUCUCCUCCUCCUCCUCGUCGUUUGUCGUCGUCUUCUCCUCCUCCUCCUCGUCGUUUGUCGUCGUCUUCUCCUCCUCCUCCUCGUCGUUUGUCGUCGUCUCCUCCUCCUCCUCGUCGUUUGUCGUCGUCUUCUCCUCCUCCUUCGUCGUUUGUCGUCGUCUUCUCCUCCUCCUCCUCCUCGUCGUUUGUCGUCGUCUUCUCCUCCUCCUCCUCGUCGUUUGUCGUCGUCUUCUCCUCCUCCUCGUCGUUCGUCGUCGUCGUCUCCUCCUCCUCCUCGUCGUUUGUCGUCGUCUUCUCCUUCCUCGUCGUUUGUCGUCGUCUCCUCCUCCUCCUCGUCGUUUGUCGUCGUCUUCUCCUCCUCCUCGUCGUUUGUCGUCGUCUUCUCCUCCUCCUCGUCGUCGUUUCCUCGUCGUUUGUCGUCGUCUUCCUCCUCCUCCUCCGUCAUCUUAUUUUUCUUCGUUCUCAUCUUCUUCGUAGUCGUUUCCUUUUCUUUUUUCGUCUUUGUCUUUCGUCAUCGUCGUCUUUUUCUUCGUAUUCUUCUUUGAUGUCUUGGUCUAUUCUCCUUCUACUCCUCCUCAGUCGUCUUCUACUUCUCCCUCUUCGUCGUUUUCUCCUCCCCAUCCUCUCCUUCUCCUCUUUCGUUUUCUUCUCCUUCUUCGUCGUUAUCGUCUUCUCGCUAUUUUAUCCUCCUUAUUUCCCCCCACCCUCAUUUUGCCUUCCCUCUCUUAUCAUCUUCAUCCAAAUUCUUCUUUUACUUCCUUUCUGUUUAUCCUCUCCUUCAUUUUGUUUUUGUCGCUCCCUCUUCAUUUUAUGCUACAUAGAUUUUCUCUCAUUUUACCUUCAUUCUGAUAUCCACCUUCAUUUUUUUUGUUCCGUUUAA